GGUUCCUCUCUUUUAUUAUUUCUGAUUUUAGAAAAAAAAAUAAAACCUUUAACCUAUUGUUGUUUUUUAUCUCGAAAAGGGGACUUGUUCUUUUUUUUUUUUUUGAACGAACCGGAACCUAUUCCGGACCGUCGAGUGCAUAUUUCUAUUGUCUUACAAUGAUAAAAACAACUCCGAUAUGGAGGGAAAAAGGGUCCCUUUUACCCCUUUUUUUUUGGUUUUUUUUUCCAACCCACUUUCAUUCCAAGAUAUAACCAAUCAACACACCGCUCUUAUCCAUGGCACCCUCUGCAGCGCAGGCUAUCUACAUUGAUUCGACCGAAUAGGCGCUUCAUCCAUGACAUACGACGCGUCAUGGAAGAGGGUUGUCAAGGAAACGUAAACGUUGGGGGGGGGGAGAGAACAAGGUUUUUUCUUGGGUUCAAUGAAAAAGCUGACCCCACACGGACAUUGUCGCUUUUUAGAGAGAGAAGAAAUGCCUAAUAAAGUCGAUUCCAAUUUAUACUUAGUCAGGCUUUGUCAACGGCGGAAACAAGGGCCAACAGGGUGCCUAUUUCGAAAAGGACGGUUUCCUUCUCCGUCUAUAUAUACACACACACACACACACACACACUAUACUGCGAAAAAAGCUUGGCAUUCAACCAAGCUGUUCUUUGACUCGUCUUUUUUGCGUGGUUUCAUGACCUUUGGACAAACUUUUUCUUUUCUAAAAUUAAAAAUACUUUUUGCCAGUAGGAAGGGUAUUGGGCUUUGGGGGUCAUUUCACAUAGCGAUGAGAUCAUCCUUCCCAGCUUUAAAAAGCAGAAAAGGAAAACCCUCCCUCCCACUCACUGACAACAAUCUGGAACACGACGUUCCUAUCCGAAUGUUAAAGUUAUACUAUAUCCGUCUGUCGCUCAAGAAAGAGACAAGUGUUCAUCAACGUGCUCUUUCAUCAUGAUUAUAUCAUUGCGACAUCCGAAAGUAGUAGAUAAG